AUGGCAGAAACAACGACAUCUAAAAAUGGAAUUCCAGACUCUACAACAAUGUCGACUUUAGAAUCAACCACGCAUAUUCCAAUCGCACAACUUUCACCAUUACUUCCCGCAUCAACUUCAAGAUCAGUUCAAGCAGUGGUAACUCUUACAUGGCCAUACAGUUCCCGUACAGGUUCUGUAGCCUUUCUACUUGCAGAACCCGAUUUCCGCUUGCGCAGAAUCAGAGGCCAGGUGCGCGUACAGUUUUCAGGAUCAUCUGCAAAUGCGGUCGCGAAAUCCGGUAUAACUAGUGGAGAUGAAGUGAUCUUAUGUCUAGAUGGUGUGGAAUACCUAGAACCUGAACCUCCAAAUGCGACACCUGGAAGAGGUGUAGAGUUUGAACUUAAAUUCACAGAAAGACUUCUGCUUCAGUUUCGCCCAGAGGAGUCUCAAGAUGUCAAAAUCAUCAAUAUCGACCACCCCAAUCCAGAACCUGUUGUCGCGCCCACACCUGUUCUCGCGACAGAGGCAGAGGCAGAGACGGAUAGCCAAAUCCUAGAAGUGCCAUCAACACCUGUUCCAUUGUCAAAUCGAGUGACCACAAAUAUUUCCGAGGAAUACUUUUCCCCAGUGUUCUUGAAACGUGAGCGGAUAUCAUAUGGAUCAAUGUUUGAAGAUGGCUAUGAUCCAUUUGAAGAGGGAGAUAGGUCAGUACGUGGCAGAGGUAGGAAGAGGACUAGGCUUAGUACAACAUGGCGAUUCACAAGCAGGUCGCCAAGUCCCAGCCCAGAGGUCGAAGAGCCAGUAGCAGCGCAUUCGGAGCAUGAUAUUCAGGAGCCGGCAAGCCAGCAUGCGCCCGCCAUGACGGAUGAGGGUGUCCAGACUGUGGAGGAGGAGACUCUAGAGGUUGGAACUGGGGUAUCAGCUGAAGCAACACCAACAUUGGAACAAAGUCAACCUAUAGUCGUCGAUAAAGUUAAAGUAAAUGGCGUUGCGCAGGCUGUGGAUGCAGAUGCCGCAGUCAAUGGAGAACCACAGAUCGAAGAAGCGACCACAGCCACAAUGCCACACCCCAGAAAGCAAUAUGAUCUUGCUAUUCCAGAAGUCGAGGAACAACAAAACCCGCCUGAUAAUGCAGAUGAGAAGACACCUCAUUCUCCGCAGUUACGACCUUUGCCAUCAGAAGGUCUACCUCUAGUCUCCCCAUUGGCAACAGGCCAGAUUGAAACGUUCAACAACCACAUACAAAAUGACCAUAAUGAGGAUCUUAACAACUCGAAUGUCCUAGCUAUAUACUCAGGAGAGGCUGAUUCACCGGAACAGGAUGAUCAAAUUGAUGCCAAAGAAGAUCCACAUAGUGCCAGGCCUGGGAGCCAUACGAGCAAUCAACCGAACUCAGACCAGAAUACUUAUCAAACAUCUACAAUUCUUUCUGGGGAUGAACAUGGCGCUCCAAAUAUGGAAACCACUUUCACUCCUCACGAUCAUGAUGAAUUUGAGGCUGGAGAGGGUGCAGGAGGUGCAGAGCAAUUCUUUUCACAUCACAAUAUCUCUGGAUCUGAUCGUUAUACCUCAGCUCAUGUUUAUGCUGAAACUCCAGGAGAACAAGGCCAGUAUGUUCAUAGUGGGUUAGAGGAAGAUAUAGCUCAGUAUAACUAUCCCGAUCCAGAAGAGAUACAUCCUCAAUCAAAUAAUUGGGGAGCUCAAUCCAGUAUGGCCUAUCCAGAACUCGAGAAUAGUCAUGAAUCUGCAAGCCACAGUCCAUAUCCUCAACAACCAUCUAUGCCAUCCAUGGUUCGAUCCCAAAGUAAUCAAUCUCACCAAUCCCUUCAAUCUCAUCAAUCUCCCAAAUCUCAACCUGUAGAUUUGACUGAGAGUAGCGACGAGGACGAAGAUGCUGAUGGAUAUCCUGAAGUUGAAGAUAACAGCCAGCAGUACAUGUCUAGCUCUCAUUUACCAGUGGACUAUGGAGAGGAACGUUCCCAUGAUGACGAAGGAGAAGAAUAUGAGGACAAUACGUAUGACGAUGAGGAUAAAGUAGAUGAUUAUGGGGAGGGUUACUCUGACGAGUAUGACGAAAAUAUGGAAUUAAGAGGUAGGGACGACUACGUUGAAGAGGAUGAUAACGGUAGUGGAAAUGAUUAUGAUGAGGACAACUACAGUGAAGACGAAAUGAACAAUGAAACGCCGCUGCAACAACAUCCUCCACGAGAGCCAGAAGUAAUAGACCUUUUGUCUUCCGAUGAUGAAGAUGAGCCAGGAAGCCCUAUUGAUCAAAUCGGGGACGAUAUCGAAGAUGAGGAACUAGAAUCAGGGCAAGAGAAAGAUAGAUACGAGGAUCAGGAAGAAAAUGAGGACGACGAAAAUCUAGAUGUUGUUGGUAAAGAAAUCAAAAACGAAAUCUCUACCACAAAUCCCCAGCCUGACGCGUUGGUUGAGGACGAAUCAAUGGAAAUCGAAAGUACGCUAGUCAAUGGGCGCAAUGACAGUAUUGAAACUGGCACGCAAAUGCCCAAAAUAAUAUCGAAGGCAUCGGAAUCUAGUUUUGAGGCUCAAGUAUAUGUAAAUCUGAGCCGGGGUGAGUCAAGGGGUGCACAGCAAUCGCCACCAUCCCAAAUCAGCUCCGAGCAAGAGGCUACUACCGACCUAGACUCUCCCGAGCCUAUGGAUGUUGAAACCAGUUUGGACAAUACCUCUGCUGCCACCGCAACCCACAAUCUUGAUGGCUUGUUUAAGCAACUAGAGAAAGCCGAAUCGAAGAUGCAGGUGGAGCAGGGGCCUUCGAAUACCCUCCAUGCUAUAUCUCAAAAUGUUGCAGUAGAUGCUGAGUACGACGUUGAAGAUUUUGAGAAUGAAGGAAAUGUCCAAAACCCGGAUGGAGCAAAUGCUGAUGAGACCUACCUACAAGAAACCCAGCCAAGCGGACCGACAGAAUAUUCAGCAACAGUAACUGAGGUUUCCCAUGGCCCAACACAGCGCGAUAAUAGUGAAAAUAUUAUCAAUGCUGCUCUCGAAGAUUUGCUACCAUCACCAAUAGCUGUGGAGGUAUCUAAUGCUUCAACAAUACCCAAUUCUACAGAACAAAGUAUUAAGGAUCGAGCGGCCAAGUCUGGGUGGGCUAAUUUACCUAAGGAGGAUACCUUGUUCUCGAGAACAUUUGGUAUAGAUGGCGCCAAUGAUACUGGCGAGGAUGCUGACAAGAAUAAGAAUGGUCAAAUAUUGUAUCCUACAUUGCCAGUGACUGAGCCAGAAGAUCAACAGGAGUUAAUUGAUGAAUCAGAACAAAUUUCACAAUCCCAGAAGCCUACUCAUGGCACUGAAAUCACAACAAACCAUGGAAAUGACCAACUUCCAACCCCUGACGAUACUCAAAUGAUGAAUCUUGACGAGGACACUUUUACUUCAAUGUCAGACUUAGUCCAAUCUCAAUUACAAGAAGAAAUGGGAGAGAUGGAUGAAGAUUCAGAAAUGAUAUAUAGCGAUGGGAAAAUUGCAAAGGAUCAGUCAACGGACUCCAUUGAUGACGAAGGCCAAUCUUCUUUUCAAGAAGCAAUUGAUGAGGAUCAGAAUGUGUCUCCAGAGACAGAUGCUUUGGAUAGAGAUGAUGACGAUGCGGUUGAGCCUAAACUCGAAGAUUUUGAGGUUGAAUUCACCAACGCGGAGGUGACUGAGAUUGAAAAGACUGAAAUUAUCGAAACCGAAGUAGAGCAUGUCGACAAAAAUCCUGUCGAGAACGAUUUAGCCGAGGAUGAGGAGCUGGAGGAAGAGGAGGUGGUGGAGGAAGAAGAUGUGGUGGAGGAGGAAGAGGUGGCGGGGGAAUUUGAAGAAGAGGAUGUGGAGGUAGACGAGGAAGCGCCAGACGAGGAGGUGGUAGACGAGGAGGCCGAUAAAGGUGGAGAAGUUGGGAAUGAGAAAUCUGAUAUUAAACAAAUCGAAGCCGAUAUCAGAAAAGCCGAAAUGAUAGAGUUCGAAACUCAGCAGACUCUCACGAAAAUGGCUGGUGAUAGCAUUUUGGGACAAGACAUGGAUAUGGCUGAAAUCGCGGAAGAGUCUAUUGAGCAAACUCUCGAGGAGACUGAAGCUGUGGUUGAAAAAACCGAAGUCAUUGUGCUAGAGCAAAUCAAAGGAACCACUCGUGAUUUUUCAGGCUCGUCGAGAAACCGUAACCGCAAAAGAAAAUCCUCUGGUAUUGAGAGUACGGAAACCAAAUCAAGGCCCGUUAGUCCUCGGCAAACACGAUCCAGCAAGGAUCUUUCACCUUCACCUGACUUUAAAAGGAGUAGGAAAGGAUCGGCCACUCUCAGUCCCAGGCAAACCCGAUCAAAAAAGAUGGAGCCGGUUGUAGAGGCUUUUACUCUCACAACUCCAACGAAAUCCAACGAAGAGGAUGACAUGCCAUCUACACGUGGUAGCGAUCGUUCCAGGAGAUCACCGUCGAUAAUUAUCGACGAAGAGAAAACACCAGAAGGGCAUGAUGCAAGCGCUGAAAUGGCACUAGAAUCACUCGAAUCGCCCGAAUUACCCGAAUCACCCGCAUCACCUACAAAGGCUGGCCAUCACCUCAGAGCACGUGCAUGUACCGAUCCCAAAGUCCGUUUAACUAAAUACCUUCGUACUGAUUUAAGUGAAUACACAACUCUCAAAAUGCUUCGUUUUAAAAUGACUUCCAAACUGGACAUUUUGGCGAUCGCGACGAGCGUACCUCCAGAACCCCGCAGAGUAAAGUCGGGACCAAGACACUACACUAGCAUUUUCACCGUUACUGAUCAAACUAUUGCCCCUUCUGGAGUAGUCCAAGUAAGAAUUUUCCGUCCAUACAAAGAUGCUCUUCCCACACCUGAAAUUGGAGACGGAGUUCUACUGAGAGAUUUCAGCGUUUUACCAGUCGAAGGUAAAGGCUUCGCGUUAAAAUCUGAGGAAACAAGCAGUUGGGCAGUAUUCAAGGAUGAAGGUACAGAAAUUGAAGUUAGAGGACCUCCUGUUGAAUAUGGUCAUGGCGAGAAGAAACAUAUGAAAGAAUUGAGGGAGUGGUUUCAUGCUCUGGACGAUGACCAAAAGACGAAAUUAGAUAAGGUUAGCAAGACGAUAGCGAAGGAAUCUUCGGCGAAAAAUACGCCGGAAAAAGGAAAAAAGUGA